UUUUAAGCAAAAAAGUUAAACGCAUUGAUCCCUCCACUUCUGCUAAAUAGGAUGCAUGAACUGCAAAAAUAUGCAGGAAAUCUGAUUAUUCUGUAGUUGUUUAGUUUAAGCAAACCAAGGGUUUCAACGAAAACUGCUGCUAGAAGCUCAAGUUUCCUUCUGCAAUUGUUGCUAAUCUCUACAGAGGAAGGUUUUCUGUACCUUGAAAUUUCUUGUUUUCUUGCUGAGCAAAGGACAAGAAUGGAAUCAGAGUUGGUUCCUACUGAGGAAAUGGUGAAUGCAUUGCUGGAAUACUUAGUUGGUCCUCGGUUGCCUUUGAAAUCAUCUGGCUUUAAGGAACCUCCCACUCUGUCUCAGCAGCAGUCUGUAGCCAAACAGUUGCAUGCUGUUGUGUUACUUUACAACUACUACCAGAGGAAGCAAAAUCCACAGGCACAAUAUUUGGAUUUUGAGUCAUUUUGCAAGUUGGCCAUGACUCUGAAACCGGCUUUGAUGUCAUAUAUGAAGUUCAUGAAUCAAUCUGAUCCAACUUCCACCAAGGACAUGAAUAAUGAUCUCUCGGUGACUGAAAAAGCAAUUCAAGAUGCUUGCAACAUAUCUUGUGCUUUGGAUGCCUCAAAAGAUGUUCCAUCUAUAAACAAAUGGCUAAUUUCGAAAGUUUCUGUCUUAUUACUAGACUCUAAGAAAGAAACUUGUUUUCUGAAUUAUUGUUCUGUCACUGAAGGGGUCUGGUCUCUCAUAGAAAAAUGUCUUGAGCUUCCCACUGCUGAAAUAGAAGGUACGGUGGAGAGAAAAAAGAGGCGAACCAGUAUGAGACCAGUGACAGUAGAGCAAAAAGAUGAUGACUCUGGAUUUCAGCAGCUUGCAUUUUUGGCUGUCAAGGAUGCAACAGGUAUUUCUAAGACUGACCUUGUGACUUUGGAGAAGCAUGUGGUAUAUUCACUAACAAAAGAAAAGACUGCGUCUUGCUUUUACAUUAUGCAAUGUACCCGAUCAAUCAAUCAAGACAUUCUAAUUUCUGUCAAGGAGAUUUUUGAGAGCUUACAGGGUCCAUUGGUGAAAAGGAGUUCUGGUAGUUGGUCCGCUACAGAAGUAGUUGAGUACUUUCAUCUGCUUCCCUAUGCCAGUGUCAUAUCAACCUUUUUCCUGAGGGAAGUUUCUAGUUUGGAGGGCUCAAAUACCAGAAGCCAUAAGGAUAUAACAGACAAUUGUAAAAAAGAAAUUUCUGAGAGCAGUAUCCAAUUGGUUGAUCAAAACUUGGGCAAUGUAAGCAUCAUGACUGCCACAGGUUCAGAAAGUGCUUGCAGUAAUGUGGCCAAUGACGUGUAUGACAGAAAGGUAAACCCUGCAGAUUCUUUUGGUGCAGAAGUUGUUGCCACCAGGGGUUGUGAAAGGAAUAAAGGUGGUGGUAAAGUCAAAAAGACAAGUGCUAGUAAUGGAAGCAAGAGCGUAGAGGAGAAGAUAGAAAAGAUGGAAGCAAAGACGCGUGAUGAAAGUUAUGAAGCUUUAAUUGGAACCAAGUCAGAUUGUAUAAACCUUGAAAUUUCAGAGGCAAAAAAGGGUGAUGGUUGCCAUGAAAAAGUUGGCCGUUCUACUGUUGGUCAAGAAGCAACUGCAGUAGGUGGCCGCCAUAAUAUAUGGAAAAGUGAAGAAGCUGGAAGAGAUAGUUCAAUUAAAAAUACAGGAAUUGUAGUUCCCAGUGGUGAUAAGUUAACUGGUGUUAACUUGAAAUGUUUAAAUGAUACAAGUAACAAGGUACAACAUGAAAAUAACAGAGACUAUGAGGAUUCAACUGUAAAAGAACUGCAUGCUAUCAUCAACCACCCAAGGACUCCACAAGAGAAAACUGACGAGCUGGUGAAGUCCACUAAAGGCUGUGAAAUAAAUGAUUAUAAUGAUAUGGGGUUAGCUGGUGCUCAUCUUGAAACUUUGGAGGUGAAAAUUAAUGAUGGUUAUCACUUUUCUAGUUCUCCUACAAGGCCUCAGAGGAUGGAUAUUGAUGCUCGUAUUCCCUGCUCCAAAAAUGGAAAUAACAGUAAGGAUUGUGAGCUCAUCAAAGAAGUUUAUCAUCAGCAGAAAAAGAGGACGAGGGAGAGUUGUGGAGGAAUCAUUGGAAGUGGUAUAAUUUGCAAGGCAGAAAGAGCUGAUGAGGUGAAGGCUGAAAAAGAUGGGAUUUCUGUGGCACAUACUGGACUUGCUCAUUGCAAGCAUGAAUCUACGGAGAUAGGCGAUUUACAAACUGUUUUGGAUUCAGAAGAGGAGGCUUUGACAAGAAGUUCCCUUGAAGUUCUUCUGCGAAAACGACAAAAACUGUAUGAUCAACAACUUAAACUUGGAGAGGAAAUUGCUUCAUGUGAUAAAAGUAUUGAGAGAAUCUUAGAUGGUGGCAAAGAUAGUUUGGCUCUAAAACUAGAAACGGUACUGGACUUCUGUGAUGAAAUGUGCUUGAAGGAAAGAGCUGCUAUCCAAGAAGAAGGCAAUCAACAUGACGAAGAGUUUGGCUUGAUUAAACCUAUGAGUGGAAGGAAAUUUUCCAAAGCUGUACCCACUCCAUGAUGUGCAUGUCAGGUGGAUUUCAUGCUGGAGUUACUGUAAAGGGGGUUGGAUUUCUACAUUCAUGCGAGAGUGAUCUGCAUUCCAGCCCCUCUGAAGCACAGGAGUCGGCUGCAUUUCAGAUGAUUACCCAAUUACAUACUAUGACGGACUACACCCAUUAUAUUUCAUGAUAGCAAAGAAACAUCAACACCUAUAUUUUCAAAUCCUAUUUAUGGCUACAGUAUCAUAGUACUUUAUUAGUUCCAUUACUGUCCAGAAGCAACUAUAUGUGCCUUUGAGCUGAAAUUGUUGUCUUAGAAUUUCAGUUGGUUGCAACCGUAUAAGUGCUUUGAACAUUUAUCAAGGCCAAGUACAUAUCGGUCCCUUGAAAUUGACUCUAGUUUAUUGAAUUGGUGUAUUGAACA